AAAAUAGAUGAAACUUUGAAAAGUCGUCUAAUUUCUGCUUCGAUGAUGUGAUGGUUGAAUAAUAAAAGAUACCCGAUGGAUAAUCAUGAAGAGAGCUUUGGAUCACUCAUUGAAGAGGCGAGUUUUUCAAAGAACAUCUCUCCCCACCAUCAAGUCAAAGCAGAUACUUUAGUAGAUCUUCCAACAUGUCUUUCAAAACGAAGUGAUUUACCACCCAUACAAAAGCAUGAAAGGCGAUUUUCCAGCCAUUCAGAAAAAAAGUCAGUUACGUUUUCGUUUUCCGGCAGUGAGCGAAGCAAUCACAUACUAAAUGCAUCCGAUUGUUUUGCAUAUAUGCGUAAAGGUAGUGAAAUGAUUAAAUUGCAUACUAGUGGACGUCAAUAUCAUAAACGUAUAUUUUAUUUAAAUGAACAAAUGAAUUGUAUUAAAUGGUCAUCAACUAAUCAUAAUAAUAUUAAACGUCAAUCAAAUUCUUCACAAAUUGAUAUUGAAGAAAUUCAUGAAGUUCAAUUAGGUUGUUCAUCAAGAACAACACAUUCACUUACACGACGACGUCGACCACUUAGUAUGACACCAACAUUAUCACAUCAUUUAUUAGCAACCAAUUUACUCUCAUCGACAUCACUGAAUCAACAAACAACAACAACAUCAUCCUCAUCGUCAUCAAAAUCUCAUUCAUUCAAUCAGUCCAAUUCAUUCACUAUCGGCUCUACAAAUAAUUCAACUACACAAAUACAAAAUUCUUCUACAUCACUCAACUCCUUGAUGUUAAAUCUUAGUUCAUGUACAUUUACAAUAUGUUAUGGGGCAGAUUUUACUGUAUUAGAAAUUUUAGCUACUAGUCCAGAAGAAGCAAAUAUUUGGGUAACUGGUCUGAAAUGUUUAAUGGCUGGUGCACAAGAUCCACAAGUAUUAGAAGAUAGACAGAAACCACGUGACAGAUGGUUACAAAUUAUGUUUCAUGAAGCGGAUUCAACAAAUCAAGGUUAUUUAAGUGAAUUCGAUGUGAUUCGUUUAAUUCGUUCAAUUAAUCCAAGUUUAUCAUCGAUACAUUUAAGGCAUAAAUUAAAAGAAAUGGAAAGUAAAGUUCGAUCACAUAAAACUGGUAUUACUAAAGACGAUUUUGUAAAUUUUUUUAAAAAAGUAGCUACAAGACAAGAGAUUUAUUAUAUUCUUAUAAGGUAUUCCAGUGGAUCAGAACAUUUAAGUGCUGAAGAUUUAAAGAAUUUUUUUGAAAGUGAACAAGGUAGAACUGGUUUAACACGUGAUCAAUGUACAGCAAUUAUUAAUCGUUUUGAACCAUCCCUUGAAAAUCGACAAUACAAUGUAAUGGGAAUUGAUGGCUUUACACUGUUAUUAUUAUCAGAAGAAUGUGAUAUUUUCAAUCCAGUACAUUUACAAGUAUGUCAAGAUAUGUCACAACCAAUCACUCAUUAUUACAUUGCAUCAUCGCAUAAAACAUUUCUCCUAGAAGAUCAACUAACAGGUCCUUGUAGUAUAGAAGGUUAUCAAAGAGCACUUCUUUCAGGAUGUCGAUAUAUUGAACUUGAAGUCUAUGAUGGUCAUGAUGGACAUCCAGUUGUGAGACGUGCUAAUUCACGACCACCUGGUAUACCAAUACAAGUUGUAUUAAAUACCAUACAUGAUUUUGCAUUUAUACGUUCUGAUUACGGAUACUUUUUGUAUUGUUCUCGUCUGCAAUUAUUUCAUACUGUAUUUCCGUCAAAAAUCCCUAUACCAUUACUUAACUAUGGUCUGGAUCAUGGUUUCUCUGUACCAUUUAGCCUUACAAACGAAUCUACUUCUUCACAGUCACCAGUUUGGUGUUCGUUUGCACCACCAUUUUCGUAUUCUCAUAUACAAAAAAUUCACUGGAAUGUUGGGCUGUGGGGAUACUAUCAACUACGUCAAAUACCAAAUUUUAUUCUAGCCUUACCUGUAGUUGCUUUAUGUUUUAUAUGCUCAGUCAUGUUUUAUAGACGGGCGCCUAAAGCAUACAGAACAUUUGGGCUAUAUGCAGAAUGUGAAAUGGAUCGUAAUAUGGUGCCGUAUGUGUUUCAUAUGUUGUUUCUGUGCGCAUACGGGGUUCUCCACAUAAAUAUUCAAGUAUUAACACGUUUAAUAUUUUCAUCAUGUCCUAUUAUCUAUUGGUUUUGUGCUUAUCUACUCUGUGAUACAUUGCCCAACUUUGAAUCAUUAAUGAUCAUGACAAAUAAGCAUCCUACUACUACUACUAUUAGUAGUAGUAGUAGUAGAAAUAGUAGUUGUAGUUGUUGUAGUAGUAGUAAUUCUUUGCUAAAUUAUACAUUUGAAUUCAACUAUUAUUUAAUAAAUCUUUAUAAAGCUUUCAAUCCUUUUCAAUAUCAUUUACUUAAACAUCGUAUGAUACUUUGUUAUUUCAUAGGUUAUGCUCUAUUAGGUUGUAUUCUACAUCCAAAUUUCUUACCAUGGACAUAA